ACACAAAAGAGAACGUGGGCGAGAUCACCUAUCUCAUUGUUUUUCCCCUUUCUUUCUGAGUAGUCCAAGCCCGAAAGAAAUGACAGACAAAGCAAAGGGCAAAGCAAAGGCCAAAGAGAGAAGAGAAAAGAGACGUCAAGAGGUCUCCCUCCUUCGCACCAUUCCCUACUCCGAUCACCAGAGGUGGUGGUCCUCGGAAACUGUAGCUGUGGUGACAGGUGCUAACAGAGGAAUUGGAUUCGAGAUCGUCAGACAACUUGCAGGGCAAGGAUUAACGGUUAUACUUACAUCGAGAGACACAAAUGUUGGGCUUGAAGCAGCCAAAGUCUUGCAAGAAGGUGGUUUCAAUGUAGAUGUUCAUCAACUCGAUAUCGUAGAACAAUCAUCAAUCGAAGAGUUUUGCGAGUGGAUUCGGGAAAAAUAUGGUGGCAUAGAUAUUCUGGUUAAUAAUGCAGGGGUUAAUUAUAACAUGGGUUCUGAUAAUUCAGUUGAGUUUGCGAAGCAAGUCAUGGCUACCAACUAUUAUGGCACUAAAAAUAUGAUUAAGGCAAUGAUUCCUUUAAUGAGACCUUCUUCUGCUGGUGCUCGUAUUGUUAGUGUGAGCUCUCGACUCGGUAAACUAAAUGGCCGACGCAAUAGACUCGAGAACCCAACAUUGAGACAGCAGUUGGGCGAUUUGGAUACACUUACUGAGGAGCUCAUUGAUAACACCGUUGAAACUUUCCUAAAAGAAGUUGAAGAGGGCACAUGGAAAUCGGGUGGGUGGCCUCAGACAAUAACUGACUACACACUGUCAAAACUUGCGGUUAAUGCUUAUACCAGGCUGAUGGCAAAGAUACUCUCUGACGGCCCAGAAGGCCAGAAGAUUUAUGUCAAUUGCUUCUGCCCAGGUUGGGUGAAGACUGCUCUGUCAGGGUGGACUGGUAAUGUUUCCGUUGAGAAUGGCGCCGACACUGGCGUCUGGCUUGCACUGCUUCAUGAGCCAAUAACGGGAAAGUUCUUUGCCGAGAGACGUGAGAUAAGCUUCUGAGGCAAUUAGCCGAAGACAAUUAGUAGUAGUCCGUAAAAAGAAAACGAAAUGUAAAUUGUUAGGGAAAUUUUUUUUUUCCGCUGAGGCUCAUGUAACGAUGUUAUUGUUUCAUGGAUUUUCUGAUGAACA